AUGGCUGAGAACGUUCCGGCAUCUACCCCUUCCUCCUUGCCGGCGCCUCAGGCUGCUGCGGGGGCUCAGAACCAGCAGUUCGAUGCCGCCCAGGGCAAUGGCCAGACGAACCCAUCCCACAUGCCUCCGCCUCCGCGUCCCCCGGUGAUUAUCCCCCAGACCAAUCCUAUCCCGACAGCCAUUACCUCGCCGCUGUCGGGCAACAUGAUGUCGCCUACAAGCGCAGGUGGCUAUGUUCGUCGCGCCGCGCCUGAGCCUAACAAGCGAGCUCUCUACGUUGGCGGCCUCGAUCCCCGGGUGACAGAGGACAUUCUCAAGCAAAUCUUUGAGACAACUGGCCACGUGGUUAGCGUCAAGAUCAUCCCAGACAAGAAUUUCAACAGUAAGGGAUACAACUACGGCUUUGUCGAGUUUGACGACCCUGGAGCCGCUGAGCGAGCCAUGCAAACUCUCAACGGCCGUAGAAUUCACCAAUCGGAAAUCCGCGUCAACUGGGCCUAUCAAUCGAACAGCACCAACAAGGAGGAUACUUCGAACCACUUCCACAUCUUUGUCGGUGACUUGAGCAAUGAGGUGAACGAUGAUGUCUUGCUCCAAGCAUUCUGUGCUUUUGGCUCGGUUUCCGAGGCUCGCGUAAUGUGGGACAUGAAGACCGGUCGAUCGCGCGGUUACGGAUUUGUUGCCUUCCGAGAGCGCCAAGAUGCCGACAAGGCGCUGAACGCUAUGGACGGAGAAUGGCUUGGGUCUCGUGCCAUCCGCUGCAACUGGGCGAAUCAGAAGGGCCAGCCUUCUAUCUCUCAGCAGCAGGCUAUGGCUGCCAUGGGAAUGACCCCUACCACUCCAUUCGGCCACCACCACUUCCCUACCCAGGGCAUUCAAAGCUAUGACAUGGUUGUCCAACAGACCCCUCAGUGGCAGACCACCUGCUACGUUGGUAACUUGACACCAUACACGACGCAGAAUGACUUGGUCCCCUUGUUCCAAAACUUUGGGUACGUCCUUGAGACUCGACUCCAGGCUGACCGCGGAUUCUCCUUCGUGAAGAUGGAUUCACAUGAAAAUGCUGCUAUGGCGAUUUGUCAGCUCAAUGGCUACAACGUCAAUGGACGUCCCUUGAAGUGCAGUUGGGGCAAGGACCGUCCUCCCACCGGCCAGUUUGAUGGCUUUUCGCCCCAGCAAGCAAAUGCAGGGUUCAACAGCAGCCCUGCUGGCUUCUUUCCUCAGUACGGAGGCCCUCCUGCCAACCCUAUGGCCCAAGGUCCCGCGCCUGCUGGGCGAGGCUGGGAUCAACAGGGCGCCAACUUUGGCGGUCCUGGCAUGCCUGGCCAGAGUUAUCCUCAAGGAAAUGCCGCUGGUUAUGGCCGUGGUCAGCCCAUGUCCCCGUCUGGUAACUGGGACCAGUCCAACAACAACAACUUCAACGGAGCCUACCAGGCGUAG